CAGCUGCCUUUUCAAAUCCUGUGCUCCACCGGUGAAGUCAAGAUUACAGUUGCCCAUCUCUGUUCUAUGAUAGUGCCUAGUGGAAACUGCAGAAAUUAGAACUUAGAUGCAUGUACAGAAGGAAAUGACUCCGAGGAUUAAACAACUGAGAAAUUCACAGCCAACUGCAAAAGAAACUUCUGAGGCAACGAUAAGAGAAUGAAGCCUAUAAAAAUCAAGCUGAAGCUCCUAAGUUUUAUUUGGGACCUCCUCCGCCCAAGACUGGUCCUAUGCUCGAAGCGGCCGCCCAUACUGUGAAGAUGCACUGUUUGAAAGCCAUGGCUGUUUUUUUACUCUGUUCGUUGCUGCUCAGCCAGACACACUGCGCUUCCUUGCGCCAGCCGCAGCCUCAGCGAACACGACAGAGGCGGAUGACGCCCUUCUGGAGAGGGGUCACGCUCAGACCCAUUGGUGCCUCCUGCAGGGAUAACAGUGAAUGCAUUACAAUGCUAUGCAGGAAGAACCGCUGUUUCCUUAGAACAGCCUCUGAGUGACCUGUUGCUAUUAAGAACAUCCGUCACUGUUACUGCUGACCCUGCUCCGCUCUACUCGCGCAAUAUUUAUUAUUGACUGUUCAAAAGCUAGGACACUGAAUCAACCAAUUAAGUAUAUUUAACACUGUGAUAUCAACUGAUAGAAGGACUUCAAAAAGAGCUUGAGAGCAUGUACGAACUCAAGCUGGGUCUCUGCAGCACACACUUCAGGAUGACUCUUUUGCCAACCUCAAUAAAAGGAUUCUGCACCUCA